UGGUUGGAGCAGUUGAAGAAAGAAACAGAGAAUUACAUAUAGCUGUCUCUCUCUCUCCUCAUGAUAAUUGAUUAAUUAAGCUGCUGCUGCGGCAGCUUUUAUUCUGAACAUCGACCAAAGUUAUCAAUCGAUCAUCCACAGAAUCAAUCGAUCAAUCAAUAUAUACUACCAACCAGUAGAAUGAAGGAGGAGUCGAAUUCGAAGCCCCCCAGCAGCAGGAACUGGAGACCCUACUUGGCAGCAAAUUGCUGCUCCGUGGAAGGGCACGGCAUCUGCUCCAAUUUUAGCCGUGGGUGCAGGCCUUCCAAGAACAUAGCUCAUCCAUUGCCAUCGUUCCGGCGCCUGUCCUUCUCGGAUCUAAGCCGCUCUUCGUCCGCUCGCAUCAACGAAGAUCUAGCUCAGUCUUUCGGGUCCGAGUUGUACGAUUUUCAGCUGUGCGAGCUGCGCGCCAUAACCCAGAAUUUCUCAAGCAACUUCUUGCUGGGUCAGGGUGGGUUUGGGACGGUGCACAAGGGUUACUUGGACGACAACUUGAGGCAUGGCUUGAAGGCUCAGCCCGUCGCCGUCAAGCUUCUCGACAUUGAAGGCUUGCAGGGACAUCGCGAAUGGCUCGCGGAAGUGAUAUUUCUGGGGCAGCUUAGGCACCCCAACUUGGUGAAAUUGAUCGGAUAUUGCUGUGAAGACGAAGAGCGACUUCUGGUGUACGAGUUCAUGCCUCGGGGCAGCCUAGAAAAUCACUUGUUCAAGAGGAUGUCGGUUUCAGUGCCAUGGGGAACCAGAUUGAAGAUCGCCACAGGAGCGGCCAAAGGCCUGGCCUUCCUGCACGGCGCCGAGAAGCCUGUCAUAUAUCGCGACUUCAAAACCUCCAACAUUUUGCUCGAUGCUGACUUCAAGGCCAAACUGUCAGACUUUGGACUGGCAACGAUGGGUCCUGAGGGAUCAAACACACACGUAACGACGCGAGUAAUGGGUACCUACGGAUACGCUGCUCCCGAAUAUGUUAGUACAGGGCACCUCACUACAAAAAGUGACGUUUACAGCUUCGGGGUGGUGUUGCUGGAGCUGAUGACGGGAAGAAGAGCGGUGGACAAGACGAGGCCCAAGACCCAGCAGAACAUAGUGGACUGGGCCAGGCCCUACUUGACAAGUAGCCGGAGGUUGCGCUGCAUCAUGGAUCCCAGGUUAGGCGGCCAGUAUUCCGUCAAAGGAGCCAAGGAAAUGGCUUUUCUGGCCCUGCAAUGUGUCAGCCUCCACCCCAAAGACAGGCCCAGAAUGCCCGCCGUCAUCCAAACUCUUGAAGCUUCGCAGCAUUUGAGGGACAUGGCAACGGCAAUGGCACUCGCAGCUGCCCCCAAAUCAAGUCCUGCUCCAAACACAACCGCCAACACCAAGAAACACUAGAUAUAAUCUCCGCUUGCCACUACCAGCCCCACCCCCCACAAACAUUUAUUUAACUAUACAUGUCAGUCUCAUCCAGUGAAAAACCUGUAAUUGUAAGUGAAGACGACAAGUCGUGUGUGUGUAACCAAAUCUAAAUAUUGUAAAUUAUGUUGUAUAAAAGCAUGCUUUACUACCUAUAGGGAAGUAUGCGUA